AUGGCUCUCAAGCGCAUUAACAAGGAACUCACUGACCUCGGCCGAGAUCCCCCCUCCUCCUGCUCUGCUGGUCCCAUUGGAGAUGAUCUGGGUGAUUCACCUUACUCGGGAGGUGUCUUCUUCCUCACAAUUCACUUCCCUACCGACUACCCCUUCAAGCCUCCCAAGGUUAACUUCACCACUCGCAUCUACCACCCCAACAUCAACUCCAAUGGCAGCAUUUGUCUCGAUAUCCUCCGGGAUCAAUGGAGCCCUGCCCUGACAAUCUCGAAAGUACUACUUUCGAUCUGCUCGAUGCUCACAGACCCCAACCCCGACGAUCCUCUGGUGCCCGAGAUCGCACACGUGUACAAGACGGACCGUCCGCGGUACGAAGCCACGGCCCGCGAGUGGACUCGCAAGUAUGCUAUCUGA